AUGAAUAUCAAGGACACUCCCACCCCGGAAGAAGACGAUAACAAAUCCAUCCAAUCCAGCCAAGAUACCCCAACCCCACCAACAUCCACAGCAGCCUACCAAGUCAUAAACCUCCCCGAACUCCUCGAAGAAAUCCUCCUCCACGACCUGCACACACUCAGCGGAAGCCGUCCCCUUUCCAAUAACCCCUUCUGGGCCGCCGGCUGGAAACGUCUAAACCAACUCCGAAAAGUCUGCAAAACCUGGAGUCUGGUGAUCGACUACUCCCCAUCAUUGGGAAGGAUAGUAUAUCGAUACCCGUCAACAUAUUCACAAUCGAUCACGACCGAAAGUUUUAAUCUCUGCGAACCGUUUAUCGCUUCGCUUUGUAUCAAAAUAGGGAAGGUGAAGCAGAUUAGGAAUUAUGACGGGGUUGAUACAUCUGCAAACUUUUUGGAGUUUAGGGAUAAAAUUACUCCUCCGUCUGGGGGGUUUGCUUUUCCUAAUAUAUUUAUUUCUCAACCUGCUGUUCAAGCGGUAUAUAUCAGAUUCUCGGGUGUGGCGGAUAGUUCUUGGUUAAAGGACUACGGAGGCUUUGUUAGAUCGAUAGAUUAUAGUAGAGUCGCCUCGGGUGGUGAAUACUCUUAUCAUCAUACGGUAUUAAACCGUCAACACGAAAACGACGGCAACAGCGGUGGUGGUGGUGGUGGUGGUGGUGUGAGAGCGGAGGAUUUGAUAAGUAGUUUGAUAUUGGUUAUUGGUAAAUUCUUCUCGUUCGGCGGGGAGUUCAGAAAUAUUGCUAUUGAUUUUUCGGUGGGGAAUUCUAUACCGUCGAAUGGUAAGCAGUAUCUUAGUACUGUUUAUACGAGACGGAUUUGGAAAACGGCUUGGUAUGAGAAGACCCCGACUGUGAGAAAGUCAGCUAGUGUGGUUGUAAAGUCGGAGGAAGGGGGGGCGGGAUCGAUUGGGUUGGGGAUUUUAAAGAGGAUAAGUGGAGUCUUUUCGAGGGCUGAUAUCUCGUCUCAACGGAGGAGUUCUGGUUGA